AUGGAGAAUGGCAACCCGGCGACUGCCGCCGCAAUUCUCCCCGAAGAAAUCAUCACCGAUAUCCUCCUCCGCCUGCCGGUCAAAUCCCUUCUCAAGUUCAAGUGCGUCUGUAAACCUUGGCUUCUCCACAUCUCAAGCCCUAAAUUCGCCAAAACUCACCUUAAAACCUCGACGGCUCAUAAUUCCAGCGUUUCAGCCCGCGAAAACCUCAUCUUCGGCCUCAUAACUAACAACGACGGCAGCCUUUACACUUGCCCCAUCAACUCCGCCAUCGAUGGCUCCGUCAUGGCCGACCCAUACACCGGCUGCCUUUACUCCGUCGACAAUAAUCGAGAUCCGAUCCCCGUCGACGUCUCCCCCUUAGACUGCCCUCCUAUUGCCCCUGAUAUCUAUUUGACGAUGAUCGGAUCUUGUAACGGUCUUGUUUGCUUUAUUUUGUCCUACUCGUCUGAUCAACCCAAGUGCAGCAUCUGUAUAAUGAAUCCAGCCACGAGAAAAAUGGAAAUCCUGCCAGAGUCCAACUCGCCGUGUAAUUACUUAUUGUACUUCCCCAAUUCGUAUUCCUUUGGGUAUGAUGAGGUCCAUGACGAUUUCAAGGUGAUCGAGGUUCACAGUUUCACGAUGAUAUGGAACGACGAGCACGAGAGCCAUGCCAUGAUUUAUAGCUCGAGGGCCAACUCGUGGAAGCCCCUGAGCUGGCCGGGUGCGGACACCGGCGGCCAGGAGGGCAAGUUCCUGAACGGAUCCAUCCACUGGUAUGUUGAAGUGUCUGCGGGUAGACGGGAUAUUGUCUCCCUCAACCUCUCCACCGAGACAUUCACUCGGCUGCCUAUACCACCUGAAGACUUUGGUAAUUGUAAUAGUUUUGGUGGAGUAGUGGUUGGGGUUUUUGGUGGUUGCCUCGCCAUUUGUCGUGUAAAUCGUGCGGGCAUUGUUGUGUGGGUGAUGAAGGAAUACGGUGUGGGGGAAUCUUGGGCUAAAGUGGUUGAGGCGCCUUUUCCCGUUGAUCCUUUGGAGCAUGGAUUCUUAGUGCCGAGGCCCCUGUUUGUGUCCGUGGAUGCUAGGACAAUGUUGAUUAAUUACGGACGGAGUUUGUUUUGGUAUGAUUCAGGCAACAUGGGACCCCAUCACUUUGACACCUCCAAGGAGAUUGAUGCUACAACUUAUGCGGAAAGCCUGUGUUGGCUUACUCUGGAUGAAGACGACGAAGGACUGUGA